GUGGUUUUCUGACUUCCCCUGAGGAGAUAGUUUGCUAAUAUAGCAUUAGCACUUCCAUUGUGCGCACAUUAGACAAGGACUUCUACACGUCUCUAAGUGUAGAGAACACUGCCAAAAUAGUGUCAUCCUUGAUAAACCUGUGCACAUGAGAAUAGGAAGAAGAUGAAGCUGCAACUUUUCAUCGUUAGUUUUUUGAAGUAUCUGCUUUUAACCAGUCAAGAUGGAGAAUUACAGCUGACCACAGAUGUAUUUUACUCGGAUAAUUAUAACUUCGAUCUCCUUAACAAUUCUACUAUGGAUGAGGACGAAACAUCUGCUCCUUGUAGCGUAAAUGUGCCUGGAUUUAGUAGCCUGGGCCUGAUGAUCACCUACAUCAUUGUGUCUAUCUUCAGCAUGGUAGGCAACAGCGUAGUAGUCUAUGCGGUCUGCUAUAUGAAGAAAGGCAGAGCCAGCACAGAUAUCUACUUGAUGCACCUGGCAAUAGCAGACCUCCUCUUCUGUCUUACGCUUCCAUUCUGGGCCGUCGAUAUUCAUUCUGGUUGGAUCUUCGGCAACUUCCUGUGCAAACUCCUGUCAGGCUUUCAGGAAGCAUCAUUAUACAGUAGUGUGUUCCUGCUUGCAUGCAUCAGCGUGGACCGUUACUUUGCCAUUGUGAGAGCCACGCGUGUCCUGUCCUGCCACCACCUGCUGGUGAAAGUGGUGUGCUGCGUGGUGUGGCUUUUGGCUGGAGUACUGUCCUUACCUGUGGCAAUUCAGAGGGAGAGCAUGCAUGCUGAAGAUCUGGGUCGAACCCUUUGCUAUGAAAACCUAACUGGUGAAAGCAGCGACCGCUGGCGUGUUAGCAUUCGUUUUCUGCGCCAUACGAUGGGCUUUUUCCUGCCACUGGUGGUGAUGGCUGUCUGCUACGGCUGGACUGUGGUGACGCUGUUUCACACACGAAAUCAACAAAAGCAUAAGGCCAUGCGUAUCAUCCUGGCAGUGGUCUUAGCCUUUAUUCUGUGCUGGCUGCCUUAUAACAUUACUGUACUGAUCGACACACUCACACACAGCGGAUUGCUUGAAUUGGAGACAUGUGAAACCCGCUACAAAGUGGAAAUGUUGCUGAAUGUCACCCAAGUGUUGGCCUUCAUGCACUGUGCAGUGAAUCCAGUUCUGUACGCCUUCAUCGGGGAGAAGUUCCGCAACCACCUGUUCUUAGCUCUUUACAAACACGGCCUCAUCAGUAACAGGCUCCAUAUGGCUUACAGGAAAAGCUCCGUCACCAGUGGAGGGAGCAUCAGAUCUAGAAACACCUCUGUUACGAUGUAAAAAACUCCCGAUGGAUUAUUAUUUAGAGGCUUGGGUGGUGGUUAUUUUUAUUUGCCCCUGCAAGUGGCCAAAUGAGGAAAUUGUAGAAGACUAUUGCAGACCCGACAACCAUUUGGUCAAAUUUGAUAAUCUAAUACAUGUAAAAUAAGAAAUGUAAAGAAAGAGAAAAUUCAGGAACACUGCUGUAUAUUUAGGUGUUAGCUUGAAUAUUAUUCAAAAUCUGAAUCGAGUUCUAUAUGUACUCAUCCAUCCCAGCUUUUGUACAUGUUAAAAAAUAUCCUUGCCUCAGCGUUGUUUGAUUCAAUGGGAUUUCACCUUGAUUGAAAUGUAAUUGUGGAGUCCAACAAGUUUGCACUCCAGACAGAGGAAAGCUGUCAGCUGUCAAUGGAGGGAAAAGCAUGGCACACCACCUCAGUAGUGAACGAGAGAGCUGCACAGCCAUUGAUUAGACCGAUGGUAUGCCAUACUUUUUCUACUUUGGGAACUGGUGCAAUUAUUGAUAUUUCAUUGUUGUUUAUGUACAUUUUAUAAAGCAUGUGUGGUUUUUCCAUGAAAAGAUAGCCCUUUAGGUCCUUUAACAAUGUAUUUUCUUUCUGUUCUUUGUGAGAAAUUGUGGGCAUGACUGAAGAGCCAUCAUCUUAUCGUGCAGGCUUUUAAUUCUAUCACCGUGAACUUGGUUUUUGACAUGAGGAAGUCAAAAUGGCAAAAACAAAAAAUGUUUUCCUUGCAAUCGGACAUGUUAAUCGUUCAGAGAGGAAGAGGUGAUGAAAUGACCUUUCUCUUUUCAAAAGCAAGGGACAGUAUACCUCUGUGAUGACUGUUGGUCUAUUCAAACUGCUGGUGCAGGAAACAUAACAGUAUUCUUUGUAAUAAAUGCUGUAAUCUGAAAAUCCCUUAUUUUUU